AUGGCGUCAAACCGUGCUUUCACACCACCUGACGAGCUUGACCUGGUGCAGCUCCGGCUGCUUGCCGACCGGAUGACCGAGCGAAACAAUGCACGCGCUGAUAUUAUGCGCGCAAUUGUCACUAUACGAAGCGGUUACGAACAAGUCAUCGCGCACUACAAUCGAAACCAACUCCCAGAUGUGUUGGUCAUGGUUACCAAUGCGAUGGACGUCAGCAUUGCCGUUUUGCAACAUAGGUGGAUACUAUGUGAUAUUGAGGAACAGGGGGACUUGGAGUGCUUCCGCCUGAUUCUUUGGCGUCAAGGGGGCUCAACUGGAACUGGCGCAUGA